AUGGGUGAAGUUACGAAAUCUGAUAUUGAAGCUCUUACAGCAGCGUUUACCGUUGCCAUCAAUUCCAUGAAUAAUCAGAUUGGAGAAAUUCGUGGAUUGUUGGGUGAGAGGAACAACAACAACAACAACAACAAUAAUCGGCGUAGAGAUGGGGAAGGAGGCCAGCGAGUUAGGGCUCCACGUGGUGAAGUUGUUGACAAUACAUCAAAAUCUGAGCCUGAAGAAGAAAUUUUACAACAAGAGCAACAUGGACAAGCUGACCAGGAUUACAAACUUCAGGUGGACAGAUUCUUUGAGAUUAUGGAAGUGCCUGAACACAAGCAAGUUAAGCAUGUUGCCUGGAGAUUGAAGAGUACUGCUGCAGUAUGGUGGGAUAAGUUGCAGAACACUCGAAAGAAACUGAGGAAGCAGGGUGUUAGAACAUGGCGAAGAAUGAAGCAGUUGAUGAUGGAGAGGUUCUUGCCAGAUGAUUAUGAGCAGAUUCUAUAUAGGCUGUAUAUUGAAUGUGUCCAAGGAACUAGGACGGUGGCUGAUUAUACGGCUGAAUUCUUACGCUAUUCAGAGCGUAAUGAAUUGGGAGAAACUGAAGGCCAGAAGGUGGCUCGCUAUAUCAGUGGGUUGAAGCCUUCCAUUCAGGAGAGAAUUGGGUUGCAAACUGUUCAUACUAUGGCCGAAGUGACAAACCUAGCAUUGAAAGCAGAGUUGUUGGAGAAACCUUCACGAGCUUCUUCUUUCGAGAGGUAUAACUACCAAAGGAGUGCAGAUUUGGUUAAUGCUUCAACUGCCAAGGGUACAACUACGCUGCAGAGAGCAGAAAACGCCUUUAAAGCUUCUAAUCCUCCUUUUAAAGGCGCGGGCAGUUCUAACAAUUCUAGUGGUGUUCAAAAUAGAGUCCCGAAUCAGAGGAUCAAUAAUCCUUAUGCUAGACCUACAGGAAAUGUCUGUUAUCGAUGCAACAAGCCUGGGCAUAGAUCUAAUGUGUGUCCUGAGAGGAGACAAACUGCCCUUAUAGAUGAUUAUGAUGAGGAUGAAGAAGAAGUUAGGAGGGAUGGCGAUUAUGAUGGAGCUGAGUUUGCGGAGGAGGAAUCCCCUGAGAAGGUUAACAUUGUGUUGCAGCGGGUUCUACUAUGUCCUAAAGAAGAGGGGCAGCGGCGCAAUAUUUUCAGGUCACUUUGUUCCAUUAAUAACAAAGUGUGUAAUUUAAUUGUGGAUAAUGGGAGCUGCGAAAAUUUUGUAGCCAAGAAACUGGUGGAGUAUUUGCAGUUACCGGCGCAGCCUCAUGAGGCACCUUAUUCCCUCGGGUGGGUCAAGAAAGGUCCACAAGUUCGAGUUGUUGAAUCUUGCAAAGUGCCGGUAUCCAUUGGUAAGCAUUAUAAAGAUGAAGUUUUGUGCGACAUUAUUGAUAUGGAUGCUUGUCAUAUUUUGUUUGGCCGACCUUGGCAAUAUGAUGUGGAUAUUACUUAUAAAGGCAGGGACAAUGUGAUGUUGUUUAUGUGGAAUAACCAUAAAAUUGCUAUGGCUCCUGUGUGUCAAUUUGAGAAAUCUGAUGUGAAGAAAGGGGAGAGUUUCCUGACCUUAUCUAGCAGUGAACUUGAGAUGGAGAGGGCCUUUAAAGAAUCUGAGGUUUUCUGUCCAGUGGUGAUAAAGGGGUUGUUGUCUGCAGAAAAGGAAGAAGUGGUGAUUCCCAAAGAAGUACAGGACAUGUUGGGAGAUUUUGAAGAGUUGAUCUCGGAUGAGUUACCCAACGAGCUGCCACCUAUGAGAGACAUUCAACAUCAGAUUGAUUUGGUGCCUGGAGCUAGCUUGCCCAAUCUGCCACAUUACCGAAUGAGUCCCAAGGAGAAUGAGAUUUUGAGAGAGCAGAUUGAAGACUUGUUGAAAAAAGGGUUCAUUCGAGAGAGUAUGAGUCCUUGUGCAGUUCCAGUCCUCCUUGUUCCUAAGAAGGGCAAUCAAUGGCGGAUGUGUGUUGAUAGCAGGGCCAUUAACAAGAUAACUGUGAAGUACAGGUUUCCUAUUCCUCGUUUGGAAGACAUGCUUGAUGAGCUAGAAGGUUCCAAAGUGUUUACCAAGAUAGACCUUCGAAGUGGAUAUCACCAGAUUCGAAUCAAGCCAGGGGAUGAAUGGAAGACAACUUUUAAGAGCAAGGAUGGCUUGUACUAG